UCUUGGGUCUGUUGGCAUUGCCUCUGAUUAAAAUGUGACUAAAGUCAGCAACCACUAGAUGCCUUUUGGAAUACUUUAAUUUAAAUGAAUGAAUUUAUUUGUUUAGAGCGUAAACAGUCAAGUCUUGAGGGACUCCACUUUUCAAAUGCAACUGCAAAAGUCCAUAAUUGUCCUCCUUUAUGGUUGAAGUAGAUGAAUCGAACAUGACGUCUGAAUUAUUUUGCAGAAAACAUUUUCAGUUUCCUGUUGACUUUUAUUUUAGCCUGAGUAGCUGAUGCAUAUUCAUAGCUGAAAAGUGGAAGUGGUGGGAAGGUACCACAUUACACCGCUCUGAAGCCACAUCCUGAGUCACUGUGCUGACAGUGACGCCUUUAGCUUGCUGCUUGAGCGUUCUUCCACUCAGUCUUCAGGCGUCAAUGCUUUAGUGAUUCCCACACCGACUUCACUCAACAAGUUGUAGAAAUUCUCGUUAAAAAAGCCUCUUCUGCUGUGUUUUCCCCUGCCUGCCCAACUUCUGAUAACAGUGAGUCAUCCCCAUGGCUCCUCCACCUCUGUUCCUAUCAUUACUGUGGGGUCUCACGUUAUUUCUUGGUGGAGCAGCUGCAUCUGUCUGCAAUGUCACCUGCACCACUGACUACAAUGAGAAGCUAAACUGCUCCUGCUCAGACUCUGUGCCAGCGCUUCCUGUUAUUCUUAAUGUGACUUGCAGAAGUUUUGAUACAGUGUUAAAAGUCAGCUGUGAGAUCAAGCCACCUCAGUCCUGGUGCAUAAUCCUUGAGGAUCUCACCUACGUUGCAUCUUCUGACACAACCUGCACUGCUGCAGCCAGUCAGCCUGGCAGCGAGGAGUUUAUGGAUCCCAGUGAGUCAUCCAGCUGGGAGCUCUCUAGUGUGGUGAAACCUGAGCCUCCUUUUGAUGUCAAAGUGGCAAACGCCACAGACUCUGGAAUCUACAACAUUACCUGGAGCGGCAACAAAAUAUUCUGUGUCAUAGGCAGAGUCCGCAUAAGAAAUGCUAAAGACCCAUUUCAGGAUCCAAUCUAUGUGUAUUUACAGGGAAGUGAGAAGUACUAUGAGCUGGAUCAGGAAAAUCUGCAACCCGAUGCCGCCUACAUUGUGAACAUUCAGGAAAAAGUCUGUCCUGAUUCUUACAUGCAAGGCCCAUGGAGUGAAUGGAGUUCUGGUGCUGAGUUGCGCACAGCCACACCGUAUACAGAUGUAAAAGGAAUUAACAUUUACUGGGUUUAUUUCUCAAUGCCCAUCAUUCUCAUCCUCGCCCUCCUGUUAUUGGGAUACCUACAAAAACCGUGUUGGCAGAAGAAACUCAGAAUGAUUACAUACAUCCCCAGACCCAACGAAUAUUUCAAGCCUCUCUACCAAAACUACGAAGGCAAUUUUAAGGAGUGGGUGAAGCCUGUGUUCAGUGAGUACGAUUACCUCAAGAUCACCACAUGUGUAACGAUGUAUAGCGAGAAUCGGAGCGAAAUCCUCCACUGGAGCAACGAGAAGCUAAGCUACAACGAGGACAACAAAGUGAAAGAUGGUGGUCCCUUCUAUCAUGCUCCACAGUUUUCCAACAACCUGCUGCUGCACUUCCAGGACAGCAGCACAUCACAUGGCACCGUCCACUCCACGGGAAAUAUCUCUAUCAACACUGUGACCCUAUCUGGAGAAGAGUUCGAGGAGGAAGUCACAUCACAGAGCUCGCUCAGAAGUUACCAGGAUGGGAAAAGCUUUGGCUCAUUUGAUGAUACCAACAGGGAGCAUGCUCCUUACGAUUUAGGGGAAUCACAGGUUUCCCGGUUGAACCGGCACAGUGGGAUAUCACUACGAGAAAACCAACUUGCCAAUGAUUUAAUACUGGAGAACCAAAACUUUCAGCCAGAUGCUGAGCUUAACGAAGCCGAGAGGGUGUCGCUGGACUCAUUUGCCUCAAAUGAACAGUCGGAGGAUGGCUACCCGCAUGUGGACCUGGACACCAUCGAUAGUGGUUUCGGAGAGUGCAGUAGCCCUGGAGCCUCGGACUCAAACUCAAACUCAUUUCCUGACCACAAACACUUAAAUUCAAACUAUGUCAAGCAGUGGAUGAUAUGUAGUACAAUUCAGGAAAACUCCAGCAAUUUGAACAAUGAACUCAAGGGGACGCAGUGAGAAUGACUUCUGGUUUACAGCUGAAGUUAAAAGAGUCAUUUUGCUUGAGCACUAUCUACACAAUCUGUUCAUUUGUCACCUUUCUCUAUAAUAAAAAGGUUUUACAGAAGUCUGUUUAUUGCUAAUUUAAUGGAACUGAGAUACUUGUAUGAUUUAAAUGAGACAGUUUUUUAGCUUUGCCUUUAUUUGUACAGAUAAUCAAACAAGUGGUUUCAGUCUCAAAAAAGACAUGUUCUUAACUGUACAGGAUGCAAAUGUUUAUAUAUGUAAGUUAAUGUAUAAAUUCAAACAAAGAAACAACUAUCA